CAGCUGUCCAUAUCUUCUACAAGAAAAUUCAGCUUCCUUCCAGUGGUGUUGAGCAUUGGAGCGGCAGAUUUUAGCCGAUGAAGCUGACUCAACCUUUAAGUACUUAUCACCUCAUAUAUUCACUUUAGUGGUUUCCAGUCUUUGUAAGUGUUUCAUUGUCUUGAAAUAUCAGGAAGUCAGCGAGUCACAUCAUAUUCUACAUCACCUCCAUAACAAUAUUAAAGGUUUCACGAGUUCCUCACUAGGUAGCAGUGCUGUGAUGAAAGAAUAAAGAUAAGCUGAUGGAGCCAUCCGGAAGCAUGAAGGCUAAAGAAAAAAGGAAGUUCCAACCUAAGUUACUGAAGAAUGUUUACUAUUGAUUCCUGUAUUUGAAUGUAGUCUACCCAUCCUACAGCACGGCCCCGGGACGCUGAAAGGUGAUCGCUCCCAGCCUGCUUAUUUACAAUGCAGAUUGAGGGAUACGGGAAGAUUUGUUUGUGACAUUUCUGGCUAUAAAACAAGGAAGCCUGGGAGGAAGAGCUGGAGGAGCACAUGUUACAGGACCCAUGAUGUGAAGAGCCAGCCAGGAAGGCAGCCAUCACAAUCCAGGAUGUCCAUGCUAACGCCGAUCCUCAGUCCCCCUGAGAUCAAGAGCUACCUGUCCAAGGGGGAACGCUUCAUAAAAUGGGAUGACGAAACUUCGACAGCAUCUCCAGUUAUUCUACGUGUUGACCCCAAAGGUUAUUACCUGUACUGGACUUUCCAGAGCAAGGAAAUUGAAUUUAUUGAACUGACCACUAUCCGGGACACACGAUUUGGAAAACAUGCAAAAAUUCCCAAGAGUCAGAAAUUACGAGACGUUUUUAAUAUGGACUUUCCUGAUAAUACUUUCCUGGCCAAAACUCUCUGUUUCGUCACUGGAUCAGACAUGGUGGACCUUACCUUUCAUAACUUUGUAUCCUACAAGGAGCACGUCGGCAAGGACUGGGCUACUGACAUUAUGACAAUCCUAAAAAAUCCUCUUGUAAGCAAUGCCUCUCGCUACUCCUUCUAUGAGAAAAUACACGUGAAACUUACUCUUCAGUUGAAUGCAGAGGGAAAGAUUCCAGUGCGCAAUAUUUUCCAGCUGUUCCCUGCCGACAGAAAGAGAGUAGAACAGGCAUUAUACUCUUGCCAUCUCCCGAAGGGGAAAAACGAUGCCAUCAACCCUGAGGAUUUCCCUGAAUCUGUCUUCAGAACAUUCCUAAUGCAACUCUCUCCACGGCCAGAGAUAGAUGAAAUCUUCACAUCCCACCAUUCUAAAGCCAAACCUUAUAUGACUAAAGAUCAUCUCACCAAGUUUAUCAACCAGAAGCAGAGAGACAGUCGUCUGAAUGAGUUGCUCUUCCCUGCUGCAAAAACGGAGCAAGUCCAAGUCCUGAUAGAAAAAUAUGAGCCCAGCGCUAUCAACAAACAGAGAGGACAGCUGUCUCCAGAAGGUAUGGUUUGGUUUCUCUGCGGGUCUGAGAACAGUAUUGUGGCAAUGGACAAGUUAUCUGUGAAUCAGGACAUGAACCAACCUCUUACUCACUACUUUAUCGACUCCUCUCAUAACACUUACCUCACAGCUGGUCAGUUUUCUGGGGUCUCAUCCCCUGAAAUGUACCGGCAGACUCUGCUCUCUGGUUGCCGAUGUGUGGAACUAGACUGCUGGAAGGGGAAGCCACCAGACGAAGAACCCAUUAUCACUCAUGGAUUCACAAUGACGACAGAAAUCCUUUUCAAGGAUGUCAUUGAAGCGAUCGCUGAAUCCGCAUUCAAAACGUCUCCCUAUCCGGUGAUCUUGUCAUUUGAAAACCACGUGGACUCUGCCAAGCAACAGGCUAAAAUGGCUGAGUACUGCAGAACAAUAUUUGGAGACAUGUUACUGACCGAUGUUCUAGAAAAGUAUCCUCUGAAAUCCGGCUCUCCAAUACCAAGCCCCAAUGAUUUGCAAGGCAAAAUCCUGAUAAAAAACAAGAAGAACCAGGCCUUCGCUUCUGCCGAGAAGAAAGCACAAACCAAUGACCUGACAAAUACAGAACAGGGAAAUUCUCAGAGAGGAGAACAUUCAGAUAGUCAAGCAGAAGAGGAUGGAGAGAAAGAAGAAGGCGAUGAGGUUGCAGAAAAUGUAAAUGAAGAAGAGAUGAAACAGAUGCAGUCAGAUGAGGGCACUGCUGGUCAGGAGGCAGUAGCUUAUGAAGAGAUGUCAAGUUUAGUCAACUAUGUCCAGCCGGUUAAAUUUGAGUCGUUCGAAGUCUCCGCACAAAAGAAUCAAAGUUACGUCAUUUCUUCGUUUGUGGAAACUAAAGCCUAUGAUCUGUUGACCAAGUUCCCGGUGGAGUUUAUUGAAUACAAUAAGAGACAAAUGAGUCGGAUUUAUCCAAAGGGAACCAGGGUGGAUUCAUCGAACUACAUGCCUCAAAUGUUCUGGAACGCAGGAUGUCAGAUGGUGGCGCUCAACUUCCAAACUAUGGACUUGGCAAUGCAGCACAACAUGGCCAUCUUCGAGUUCAAUGGUCGCAGUGGGUAUAUACUAAAACAUGAAUUCAUGAGGCGCGCAGAUAAGCAUUUUGAUCCAUUUACCGUUGACCGCAUCGAUGUGGUUGUGGCCAACACACUUUCCAUUACAAUACUUUCAGGUCAAUUCCUCAGUGACAAGAGUGUGAAAACCUAUGUGGAAGUUGAGCUCUUUGGGCUCCCCGGGGAUCCUAAGCGCAAGUACAAAACAAAAUUAACCUCUAGUGCAAACUCCAUAAAUCCUGUAUGGAAAGAGGAGCCAUUUGUGUUUGAAAAGAUUCUCAUGCCAGAGAUGGCUUCUCUAAGAGUUGCAGCAUUUGAAGAAGGAGGGAAAUUUAUUGGCCACCGGAUCAUUCCAAUUGAUGUAAUCAGAUCAGGUUACCAUCAUAUGUGCCUUCGAAGUGAAAGUAACAUGCCCCUCACAAUGCCAUCUCUGUUUGUCUAUGUGGAAGUGAAAGACUAUGUGCCAGAUACAUGGGCAGAGCUCACUCACGCGCUCUCAAAUCCCAUUAAAGCUUUCAAAGACAAGGAGAAACCAUCUAUAAAGAUGAAUAAUAGAGCAUCAUUGGAUGAGAGAUCAGUGAGACUUCAAUCCAAUGGAAUGUGCGGCUCUAUUAAACUGUCAAACGCAUUGAUGCAGAAUUGUACAGCAAAUUCUGCGAACUGUGGAAAAUUGGAUGCUACAAAUGACGCAGAUCCAGAAACCACAAAUCAAGAUGAAUUACAGAAACAGAAAAGUUUUAUGAAACUUCAGAAGAAGCAGGAGAAGGAGCUGAAGGAACUGGAGCGCAAAGGAAUGAAGCGAAGGGAAGAGAUUCUGCAAAAAUAUUCUAGCGCCUUCAGUGACUUGUAUACACAGAUGAACAAGAGGAAGAACAGCAAGAAAACCAGCAAAAGUCCAGAGGAUGAGUAUGGCGCAGUGUGGGGUGCUGGUGAAAUCCCAGGUAAACCGGAUAGUAAGGUCGUUGAAUUGAAAGAGAAGCUGGAACAGGAACUGAUGCGGCUUGGAGAGGAGCUGUACGAGAGUAUGUGGAAAAAGAAGGAGCAACAGUCCACUGAACAAAUUGCCAAACUGCUGGAGCUGGCCCAAGAAAAGCAAGCAACAGAGCUGAAAGUCCUAAAGGAAUCGACAGACAGUGACACUAAACAGAUGAAGAAGAAGCUGGAGAUGAAGAGGAUGGAAAGACUAGAAGCCAUGAACAAGAAUACACUGGAUAAAGCUGCUCAGGAAAGGUUAAAAAAAGAAAUAAACAAUUCACAUGUUCAAGAAGUGGUGCAGGUUCUUCAAAUGGUAUCUGAUAAAUGGAGCAACCAGCAACAGAAACUAGAAGAAAAACAGAAUGAAGGACUGCAAAAAAUCAAAGAGAAAGGAGAUCAGACCCAAAAAGACCUACAGCUGGAGUAUCUGGAAAAGUUGAAGAGCUUGGAGCUGGAAGUACCAGAUCUGGUUCAUGACUGCAUGGCACCAUUGUUUCCCUCAGAAGCCAAAGCUUUGAAAAAAGAGCCAGAAAACUGUGCCAACCGGUGGGAAUUUCUAUUUGCAAAACCUGACAAAACAGAAUCGUCUACUGUUACAAAAACUCAAGAGGAAUCAGAGACCCAGAAAGACCCAUCUGCAAUAGAAGCAAAAAGUGGAUCUUCAGAUAGCAGUCCUGCUAAGGAACCACUAUCCAGAGCUGCCUCAGUGGGUAAAACACCUGCCAAUGAUGUAUCACCAAGUGACACUUCAGCAUCUUCAAAUGUGGUAGAAAAGACUCCUCCAGAGGAAGUACCCACCCAAUAAUCCACUCUUGGCAAAUUGUACCUAGUUUUUUAAGAUACUCCUGUCGGCAGAAUCAUUUCUGUCUUUGUGAUGGACAAAAAGGGUUAAACCAAAAAUUUAAAUUAUUGUGUUUGUGAUACUGGGGUGAUUUAUGUAUGGGCAAUGGGAAUAGUAAUAUAUAACUGUAGAUGUUUGUGAUGAAAUCACGGAAAUCAGGCAAAAAAUGUUCAUGUGAGUAAAAGUAAUGAAGGGCUAAAACAUGUGCAUUGUUCCAGAAACAACAAUAUACCUGUCUGGUAUUAAAGCUCUGAUCGAUUCAAGUUAAUUAAAGAGUUAUCCGGAUUUUUAUAUACCAUAAUUAAAUUUUGAGAUUUUUAAAGGAAAAAGGUCAUCCUGUUCACCCAGACUAAACCCAAUACACUGGGUUAUAUUGUGGAUGAACAGGAGACCAAUGAGGGGUCACGAUAAGAGGGACUCCUAUACCUACCUGCACUGCAGUGAUCUGUCUCUCCGAAGAUCUGCUUCCAUCUUCUGUAAAUUGCGCGCUGGAGGCGGGCCCUCAGGCUCAAUUUGAAUAUUCAUUGUCACGGGUCACGGGAGGGUUCAGUCGGCACAGUGUUCAGCUCAGGGAAGAUGUAUAGCUACUAUAUAUCCUGAUCCCAUAAACAUAGCAGCAGCAGUAUACAAAUAGAACUGAGAGGGGAGGUGUAUAACUACUAUAUAUCCUGACUUCAUAGAGAAAGCAGCAGUAUACAGAUAGAGCUAGCAGAGGUCUGUGAGCUCGCAGUAAUCUAAUAGGAGAUGAUGUCAUCCUGUAGUUGAGAAAGUCAGCUGACCCAGGGCUGACCACUUCCUCUGCACUGCAAUUUUCUGUGGGUCAGACUGGUUACAACAUGUCCCAGUUACAGUAAUGAAACAAAUAAUUGGAAUAAAACAAAUGGUGCAUAUGGGCGACCCCCCACCCCCCAAAAAUAAACAAAAACUUGAGUGCUUAAUUAUCGAGCUGCAGUACCAGACAGCCCCGAAAAAAUCUCAGAAUACAAAAUUGAUGUUUACCCAAGUCCUGUUUAUAAAAAUGUUUAUAAAACAUUUGCAUAUUAAUUUGCAGUGAUCAGUGAAAAAAGUUACAUGAAAACUUUCCCCUACAGAUACGCAGUUGAGCAGCAUAAGAGAGACUUCUGGAGCUUUCAUUGCACUACCUGUACACACUAGAAUUAUACUAUAUUUUAAAAUUCUGAUUAGGUUGUGGCGAUAACCAAAAACGUUUAUAUUAGAUGUAAAGUGUCCAUAAAAAGUUUGGGUUCUGGGUGCUAUAGGACGAGUAUAAUAGAAAAACUAUUUGUUCUACCCCUAGACAAUUGUAUACAAAAGUAAAUAGGAUAUUUUUAUAUAUGCUUUUAAAGGCUGUCAGGAUGCAUACAGAACACUAGAGAUAAGUGGACUUACUCCAUUUGUGGCAAUUGCUGUAGCAAAUCGUGAAUCUCAAGGCUUUUGGCUGCCCGGACAUGCUGAGAGUUGUAGUUUAGGAACAGCUGGAGACACCCUGGUUGGGAAACACUGCUAUAUUGGGUCAGGAUCAUAUAGCUGCUCUAGAUAUCUGGUCUAGGGAACAAAAGCCGAUACUGCCCAAAAGGUAGUUAUAAUCCUAGUGGCAUUGGUAUUAAAAAAGGGAAAUAAAUUGUCACCUUGUUUCAAAAUGGUAUUCCUCCAACAUCUAAACUGGUAUCAAAGAAACAUGCGUUUCCCAACGUGUUUCUGUCCACACAUGGUUUAUAUAUUCAUCAGGGGAACAUUUAUUUUACAGAAAAUAAUACCAGAAUUUAUGUACAAAAGACAGAAUGAAUAAACAAAAAUGAAAUAUCACAAUGUAUGGCAAUUAGUAAUAUCAAAGAAGCUUCAUAUAAAGCCAGGAUCUGUUCCAAACUUUAAAUACAUACGGGGAGAUUUAUCAAAACCUGUGCUGAGGAAAAGCCAGUCAGUUGUCCAUAGCUACCAAUCAGAUUGCUUCUUUCAUUUUUAAAAUAGACCUCUGAAAAAUAAAAGAAGCCAACUGAUUGGCUGCUGUGGGCUACUGGUCAACUUUUACUCUGCACAGGUUUUGAUAAAUCUCCGCCAUAGAGUGUAAUCAUGUAGAUAACAAUUCUAUCUUAUUCUGUAGUCACUAUACUAAUACAGGACACCCAGUCGUAAGACAUGACAUAUGUCACCUCUUAUUAGUUAAUAAUAGUGAGCAAACAGUGAUGAACUAAAGAUAGCAGCAAAUCCAUAUAUUGAAUGGAGGUUUAUUUAUUGAGUCUGUCACGAGUUCAGGAAUACAACAAAAACAACAAAAGCUCAGGUGUGACUUAGUGCCAAUUCACACGGCAUAAUUUCAUUCAGAAAUUCCAAUGCAGCAGCCUCCCAUUUUUUUCUAUGUAACUUUGCUGCACCGUGCAUAGCAGAAAUUCCCGGGGGCAGAAAACUCUGCCAUCGAAGUUAAAAUUCCAUACUGCGCAGAAAGAAUGAACAUGUUUUGUGGUAUCCUCUUGGAAAUGAAUUGCCAUCUAUGGAGAGGGCGUAUCACCGAGUUGUCCUAGUGCCCACUGAUUUGUCGCACCUGCCACACACAGAAUGUCUUCCCAGAACUUUUCCAGGCAGAUAGUCUGCCAUGUGAAUGAGCCCUAAGGCUAUGGUGCUGAGUGUUUCCAAAGAAGUGGAACUACUAGUUCCAGCAACAUUCAGUAAGUCCAAAGUCUAUCACUGGACUGCAAAGGAUUUAAAUGAUUGAGAAACCAAGUGGGAAAUAGGGAGUUGGCCUUCCAUCUGGUAUGCUAGUAUCCAAGGGACUCCUAUGCCUGCAAUCCAGGAGCGAGACAGCUAGAACACUGCAGUGGCAGGAUGAUGGUCAGGUCUCACGGCCAUUGCGUCACACGCGAGAUAUUUUGUUAAUUCUGUUCCUGAAUUCAUGACAGACUUGAUAAAUCUCCGCUCAAUAUUGGUUUCUCCAGCGGGUCAAUAACAAACUGAUCCAACUUUAUAUUCUACAUUACAGCUAUAUAACUCCGGUUAGAUUGUGAGCAAUGGGUCGCACUGACUCGGCAGCCUGUCAUCGCCACCAUGCGCCUAGAGCGGACUUCUAGCACCUUAUGUGGGACUGCGCUUAUGUUGUGCAGUUCUGGUCAGAAGUCCUGCAGCUCUUGGCCACUCAUUCAACCAAUCCCCCCUGCGUGAUCCUCUCAUUUGCUUAUUCUAGGUCCUGGAUGAGGAGGUGUGGCCUCACCCUGUUCGUGUACUACUUAGAGAGUCUCUUUUCCUCGCUCAUAAGACUGUGGCUCUUCGUUAGAUGCAGAUUUAUAAGAAUAGGAAAUAUCCAGAUUAGAUCUAUCGUGUGUGGGGUGGUUGUUGCUCUUCCCCUCUUACUCAAUGUAGACCUGCUGAGGUAUGGAGUGUGCGCUCCUUGAUUCCUUAAAGGGUUAAUCCGCUACCCAGCGUCCCAGCUUCCAUGUUCACGCUUAGCUAAAUCGCUAAGAAAG